CUCUCCUCCGCUUGUGCAUCCCCCUGCUUCCUUCCUUCCUUCCUUCCUUCCUCCCACCACCUCCCUCUCUCUCUCUAGAACUCCUGAUCAAGAAAGCAAAGUUCAGAGAGAGAGAGACAGAGGAACCAAGUAAAGCAUGGCCCUCGCGAACACCUCCGCCCUCUCCUCCAAAUCGCUCUACAGCGACAUGCACGCGCUCCUCCACCAGCCCCACCACCAGCCGGCGGCUCUGUCCCUCGCCGCCGCCGCCGCCCCCAGGACCCACCAGAAGCCCCGCCCCAUCUCCGCCGUCCACGCCGCCGAGCCCGCCAAGGCCAAGGCCGCCGCCGCCGCCGUGACCGCCAAGCCCGCGGCCCCGGCCGACGGCGGGAAGUGGGCGGUGGACAGCUGGAAGGGGAAGAAGGCGCUGCACCUGCCGGAGUACCCGGACGCGAAUGAGCUCGAGUCGGUGCUCCAGACGAUCGAGUCGUUCCCGCCCAUCGUGUUCGCCGGGGAGGCGAGGAACCUCGAGGAGAAGCUCGGGGAGGCCGCCAUGGGGAACGCGUUCCUCCUGCAGGGCGGCGACUGCGCCGAGAGCUUCAAGGAGUUCAGCGCCAACAACAUCCGGGACACCUUCCGGGUGCUCCUCCAGAUGGGCGUCGUCCUCAUGUUCGGAGGCCAAGUGCCCGUGAUCAAGGUGGGGAGAAUGGCGGGACAGUUUGCAAAGCCGAGAUCUGACCCGUUUGAGGAGAAGAAUGGGGUGAAGCUGCCAAGCUACAAGGGGGACAACAUAAAUGGUGAUGCCUUCAAUGAGAAGUCGAGAAUUCCUGAUCCACACAGGAUGAUCAGAGCUUACACUCAAGCCUCGUCGACUCUGAAUCUCUUGAGGGCCUUCGCCACUGGAGGCUACGCUGCCAUGCAGAGAGUUACCCAGUGGAACCUGGACUUUGCUGAGCACAGCGAACAGGGGGAUAGGUAUCAGGAGCUGGCUCACAGGGUCGACGAGGCCUUGGGGUUCAUGGCUGCAGCUGGGCUCACGGUUGAUCACCCAAUCAUGACCUCAACCGAAUUCUGGACCUCUCAUGAGUGCUUGCUUUUGCCUUAUGAGCAAUCUCUCACCCGACUCGAUUCAACCUCCGGCCUGUACUACGACUGCUCUGCUCACAUGGUUUGGGUCGGAGAGCGCACCAGGCAGCUGGAUGGUGCCCACGUCGAGUUUUUGAGAGGAAUUGCCAAUCCCCUUGGAAUUAAGGUAAGCAACAAGAUGGAUCCCAAUGAGCUUGUCAAGCUCGUCGAGAUCCUUAAUCCGCACAACAAGCCCGGAAGGAUCACAGUGAUCUGUAGGAUGGGUGCCGAGAACAUGAGAGUCAAACUCCCGCAUUUGAUCAGGGCAGUCCGAAGAGCCGGACAGAUUGUGACUUGGGUUUGUGAUCCAAUGCACGGAAACACAAUUAAGGCACCUUGCGGGCUCAAAACCCGUGCCUUCGACUCAAUUCUGGCUGAGGUGCGGGCCUUCUUCGAUGUCCACGAGCAAGAGGGAAGUCACCCAGGAGGUGUUCAUCUGGAAAUGACGGGUCAGAACGUGACCGAGUGUAUCGGAGGGUCCCGGACUGUGACGUUCGAUGAUUUGAGCUCACGCUACCACACGCACUGCGACCCGAGGCUCAACGCUUCUCAGGCGCUCGAGCUAUCUUUCAUCAUCGCAGAGAGGCUCAGGAAGAGAAGGAUGGGGACGCAACGGCUUCUCUCCUUGAGCGUUUGAGCCGAUUCAACCGUCGCCAUGUCUUCUCGCUCGAUCGAGGUUCCGGCGACAAUUUCGGUUUAACUAGAUGUCGAUCGUUGUGUUACUAGAAAUAGGUGCAUCGUUUAAGCAAAUCUGGGAUGGGAAUGUUGUGUGUUUACUUUGGUAUGGAUGUUCUGCGAGACUAUCAUUUGAGAUCAUUGACGAAAAGCAAUAAAAUCAUGGGCCAUUGUGGCAUUUGAAGUUGA